AUUAUGUGAAAACUUUGUAGAGAUGAGAAAUGUCUACCAGCACCGUCUCACCUUGGAUUAGCUCGUUUUUUCACUCUUUCAUUUGAGAAUCGCCUCAUUUACAAGCAGUUUAUGCACCUCCACUGACGUCAAUGGAGCUAUCUUGGAUGUAUAAAACCAUUGAGCAAGAGGCGCUCCACUCCAUCUGUCUGCAAAGACUCUUCAUUAACAAGUACUGGUGAAGCAACAGAAGACGAUCGAGAACCGCACGGGUGUGUCCAGUAUGAAGCCUGUCCCUCUGGUCCUGCUCAUCUCUUCAGUCUUACUGAGCACUCACAUCCCGCUGAGCAUCUGUCGACCCCGCGAGCUCAGCAUCCUUGACGGACGCGGGUACAGCGACAACCGGCUAGACGAGGUGCUCUUAAACAGGCCUGGAGACAACGCCAUGUCCUACCUCCUGGGUAACAAAAUCCUCCAGUACUUGCAAAGAAACAUCGAAGAGCAGAAACCGGCUCUGUUGCACUUUCCGCACUUUCCCACGGCGAGGGUGCGCGCACCGGACGAGGACAACAGCUUGGAGGAGCUCGUCGAGAUUAACAAGAGGAACGACGACCCUCCGAUCUCGAUUGAUCUCACCUUCCACCUGCUCAGAAACAUGAUCGAGAUGGCACGGAUCGAAAACCAAAGAGAACAGGCGGGACUGAACCGCAAAUAUCUAGAUGAGGUCGGGAAGUAGUUGAUGGUUUCAAACUGCGAGUACAGAACAAGCUCAAUGCACUCUCUCUGAUUCCCAAUGUUUGCUUUGUUUUUGAAACUAUCACUAAAGCAUUUGACAUUCUCUGCUGGCAGGUAAAAUCUAAAAACGCUCUUUAAAAUGAAGGUUGGUCAAUGGUUCUUUGCAGAGAACCAUUUCUUUUUUUAUAUCAAGAAUGGGGUUUCUGAGUUAUGGUUUUGAUAGAGAUUGUUAAAUGUUAUUUACAGAUCAGGGGUCUGGGUUCUUCGGCACCCGAAUAUAGAUCAUUUUAUGAAGACAUAGAGAAAGUUUAUGCAUUGAAGUUCCUAAAAGGUUCUUUGUAGUAGAAAAUGUUUGUACGGACCACAAAACGAUAAGAAAGAAAUGGGUCUUUUAAGAACCUCUUUGGGGAACUAAUAUGGUUCUUCUAUGGCAUCACUGUCAAGAACCUUGUUCCGGCACCUUUAGUUUGAAGAGUGUGGCAAAAGAGUGAAUGCUUCUGUCUGCACCAUCUCUGGGCCAUUUCAGAACAAAGAACCAUAUGCAAGACCCAUGACAGUGGACUUCUCAACACUGUCCUUAACAAAAAUAACCUGUCGGGGUUUAAACUGUAUGUUACCAAGUGUCACAAACAAUUCAGUCUACAAUUGUGAUGUUCAAGCACCCUUUUAAUGUUUACCGAUCUUUACCACUCAGCACUAUAAAUGCCAUUUUUUGUGGUUUUAUGAAAGAAACAGUCUGAUCAUUACUACUUAACCAUAACAAAUCCUAUUAUUGCUCAUUGGUAUUCUCCUUAUACAGUAGGGUUUGCAUUUAUAUUGCUGACUGUACUCUUGUAAAUCUUAUUCCAAGCAGGGAAAAGCAUGCCCUGAAGUUUUUCAGAUGCCCUCUCGCUAUUUGCCAACGGGUACUAUGGAAUGUUCCCAUGACAUAAUUUGGUAACAAUGCCAGCAUUUAUCUUGCCAUGACCUUACCAGAUGUAUAAAGCAAGUUGCUCAUUGUGUAUUAAGUACAAACGUAUGGUGGAAACGAUGAUCUGCAGCACUUCAACCAAGAGGCUUGCCCACAUUUCGUGACAGUAAUGUUGGACAAUAUUCCAAAGUGCUUGAGAUAUAUUGUACAUUGUAUAUUGCUUAUCAUGAUGUAAAUGACAUAUUAUAUUGCACCUAAAUGCAUAAACAUGACUUUGUAUUUUGA